AUGGCUGAUGUAUCUUCUACCCGGCUCUACCUGGGCAAUCUACCGCGCAACAUCACGAAACAGGAUAUCGAGGAGCACUUUGGCACCCAUGGCGCGGGCACCAUCAAGGAAAUCAAGCUCAUGAAUGGCUUCGGCUUCAUUGAAUAUGAGGAUGCCAUGGACGCCCGGGACGUUGUCCCAGGUAACUCAAUAGAUGGAACCGAGUUCAAGGGCGAACGAUUGACUGUCCAGUUCGCUCGUGGACCGCGCCGGAAGGAUGAUUUUGCAGGUCCCUCCGACCGCAACAUCCCCCGGCCUCGUCGCACAAUCUACCGCAUGCAAAUCACUGGUCUUCAACCGGAUACUAGUUGGCAGGAUCUCAAAGAUUUCGCUCGAAACUCUGGUCAACUGGAUGUCGUCUACUCAGAAACUGGCCGUGACCGCGAUGGGAAGGGGUUUGUGGAAUUUGAAACCGCAGCCGACCUCAAAACCGCGGUGGAGAAGCUAGAUGGGCAAACUUUCAAAGGAGCCACUGUCCAUUGCUCUGCUGAUAUUCAGGACGAGAAACCCGAUGCACGGAGCUAUCGCCAACGAUCCCCAGCAAGAGGCCGCUACGGACCACCAGAUGACGAUCGUCGGCCGCCUCCUCGCGGAUGGAGCCCUCGAGGAUAUGGGCGAGAACGCUCACCUGGACGUCGCCCGCCGGUUGAUGACUAUUAUGAUCGAGGUUACGGUAGACGCAGCCCACCCCGUGACUAUGGACCGCCGCCACCACGAAGAUAUGAUGCCGACCCAUAUGAUCUUCGGGGACCGCCUCCACCACCGGUUCGAGGCUACGGAGACCCAUACGCUCGAGGUGAUCCCUACGGUCGACCCAGAAGCCCACCUCGCUAUGGUUAUGCUGGCGGCUAUGGUUACGAUGAUCGGCGAUAUUAG